AUGUCAGAAAAACGUUUUUCCUUACUACUUCAAGCUGUUAGAUUUGAUGAUAUUGAAACAAGGAAUGAUAGAAGAGCAAUAGACAAGCUAGCACCUAUUCGUACAGUUUUUGAUGAUUUUGUUCGGCGAUGUAAAGAAAAUUAUACUGUGGGAGAGAAUUGCACUAUAGAUGAGAUGCUAGAAGGGUUUCGAGGGCGUUGCAAUUUUCGACAAUAUAUACCAAAUAAACCAAAUAAAUACGACAUCAAAAUACAGGCACUCGUUGAUUCUCGUACAUUUUAUACGUCUAAUAUGGAGGUUUACGUUGGAACUCAGCCAGAUGGCCCUUUCAAAUGUGACAAUUCUCCGUCAAGUAUUGUAAAACGACUAAUAGCGUCGAUAUUAAAAACUGGUCGAAAUAUUACCAUGGACAAUUGGUACAAUUCAAUUCCAUUGGCUAAUGAGUUACUAAAAAAUCAUAAUCUUACCGUAGUGGGCACUUCGAGAAAAAAAUUCGAAUGA